AUGCCCCACUGGCGAGAAGAAUACGCCGCUGCUUUGGCUGCGAGAGAUCGUCGGGAGAAAGCCAACAGUGCCCUAUACGAUGCCUAUACCAAGCUCGCCGAUCGCACCAGUGCGCUAGCAGCACCACCACGUGGAACAGGACCCAGCUCUCCAGCUACCCAUAAACCUUCCAGUGAUGCCCAGCGAUCUAUUUCAUCACCCAUCACCACAAAGAAACAGCUAUCUGCCGAGCCAGGAACCCCCUUGGCGGACCUUCUGAAUGCAACCCGCACAGACCUUUCGGAAGCCCAACGUUCGCGCUCCGAGUUACAAGACCGUUUGAACCGGAUUACCACCGAAGCUGAAAAGCUUCGCAAAAAGAGUAGCCAGGAUAGUCGGCGGAUCAGUGCGUUGGAAAGCGAGAGGGUCCAUUUGCAGCUACGCCUCAAAGAUCGUGAUGAAGAGCUGAGAGGGAAGGCUAAGCUGUUGGAGGAUUUCCAAGAUGAAAUGGCUACCCUCAACCUCCAGCUUAACAUGGCAGAAGAGCGGUCCACUCGAUUCCAGCAUGAAAAUCAGGAGCUCGUGGAUCGCUGGAUGGCGAGAAUGGGCCAGGAAGCCGAAGCCAUGAACGAUGCGUCGAAAUUUUCCUAG